AGAUGGCCCCCAAGAAGACCAAGACCUCCGACUCUAUCAACUCGCGCCUUGCGCUUGUUAUGAAGUCCGGAAAGGUCACCCUCGGCUACAAGUCCACCAUCAAGGCCAUCCGCUCUGGCAAGGCCAAGCUCAUCAUCAUUGCCGGCAACACUCCCCCUCUCCGCAAGAGUGAGCUCGAGUACUACUCUAUGCUCGGCAAGACCGCCGUCCACCACUUCAACGGCAACAACAUUGAGCUCGGUACCGCCGCCGGUAAGCUCUUCCGUUGCUCCACCAUGGCCAUCAUCGAUGCCGGUGACUCCGACAUCCUCACUGCCUCCGUCGCU